AUGAGUGAACCUACUAUCAAUUUUCAUAUUCAAACCAGGUUGACCCUGUUUAAAAUACCCUGUGAGCUUAUAAAGAAGAACUUCAAGAAUGUCCAGAAGCUUGUUGAAAAACAGAAAAAACUAUUGACUGAAGAUAUAGGUAAAAUCAGGAAGAAUCCUAAUUUGCCGAGUAGAAUCAAGCUUGAGAUGAUACGGAAGCUAAUUAAAAGCUUUGAGGGGUUUCAACGCAAAUUGGCCACAUUUGCAGAGAGAGACGAGGAGUAUAGAUCCAGAAUAAUUGUUCGAUUAGAGAAUUUGGCACAAUUGACUCAAUAUACAAAUCUAAUCGAUGUUAAAGCUCCACGAUCUGGUUCCAAGGAGCUAGAAGAUGAUAAGCAAACUCCAACCGGAGAUGAUUUCACAAUGAAUUUACAUAAUACUAAUUUGAUCAAUUGGUAUAGAGAUCAAGCUAAUCUUUUGAUUGUAGAUUAUUUAAUCAAAUCCAAUACUAGUUCUAAUGGAAACAUAGGUCUUCUGCUAUUAAAGAACCUUUCCAAAACCAAUCCCAAAUUUUCAAAGUUGAUUGACUAUGACCUAUUCGAGAACUUCAACAAUGUCUUUGUGUCUAUAGUGGAGCAUCAUGACUUGUCCUUGAUUAUAUCGUGGUUUAGUGAGAACAGAAACUCUCUAAGGAAGGCGAAUUCUAACUUAGAAUUUGAAAUUAACUAUUGUAAAUUCCUCUCCCUUAUAGAAAAGGGUGAUGUUAGCGAAGCAAUCAAUUUCUCCAAAGAACAUCUAUCGUCGUAUGGAAAUAGGGAGAAUUAUCAACAAGGAGAUGUAAAGAAUCACGAAAGUAACCUAAAAAAGCUUAAAGAGAUCGGGGGCUUGUUGGUAUAUGUUGCUAUCAACAAAAGUAAGCCGCUAGAGGCAAAUGGGCUUUCUUUUUCUAGCAGCCUAGUAAUAAACUCGCCAAGGUUCCAGGAAUAUGAAAAGCUCCUUUCCGAUGAAAGAUGGACAAGCUUAGCUGAAUGUUUCACGAAAAACUUCACUGAUCUUUAUGGCAUUUCCAAGAAUUACCCGUUGUUUAUAUACUUGUCAGCAGGUUUAUCAAGUUUGAAAACAAAGUCAUGUUACUGCAAUUAUGAAAAUACUAUCUUUAGGACCGAUGACAGACUGGAUUCUUCGGAAGUUAGCGAUAUUUCGAUUCACAGUAAUAGAAAAUAUAGAGGUCCGAAUUAUUACUACAGGUUGCUUGAUAAAAUUAAUAAUUGCCCGGUGUGUUCACCUGAAUUAUACAAUUUGAGUAAAAACUUACCUUAUGCUCAAUUAAUCACAAGCAUUUUCAACAAUCCUUUCAAGUUACCUAACGGAAAUAUUUAUCCUUUUGAAAAGUUGUUGAACCCUUCAGAGAAGUACUUAUCUGAGAAAAAUACAUUGCUACGCAUGGGUAAAGUUAAGGACCCUCUUACAAAGGAGGUUUUUCUAAUUGACCAUUGUGUGAAGGUCUAUCCAGCCUAG